AUGGAGACGGUGUGUGCGAUUGCUUGCGUCCUUGGCUCGACCGACCUGCUGCGCCAGAUCUUCGGUUAUCAGCUUGGCCUUCCGCUGCACUACAGGGCGUCAAUCGCGCGUGUCGACGUCCCGUGGCUUCUACGGCUUUUUGCGACGUCGUCCCAUCCGCGCAGUCCUGCCAUCGUCCUUGCGCAACUCGAGUGGGCUGAUGAACUCUGGGCGGCGUGUGCAACCGCGCUUUUGGCCACGACCCACAACGCUGUGCACAACAUACAGUGGCGCGUCGCUGCCAGCUUUGGACAUUUGCAUCUACUGCGGUACCUCGCCGAGCAUGACGCCAGCCACUAUACGCCCGAAGUGCUGCACAACGCGGCGUGGAGCGGACAUGUCGACGUCAUUUGUUUCCUCCAUGAGAUCGGCGCUGCCUUGGACUAUGCAUCCUUUGCCCAUGCCUGUGUACAAUGCCAUGUGCCCGUAGCCGAGUACCUCUGGCAACAUGAGCCAGCGCUUCACGUGCUGCCACCGUUUCUUGUCCAGCGUGUGGCCGAGAAGGGUCAUUUGCCCGUCUUGGCCUUCCUAUUCGAUCGUUUCGGCGGCGUCGGGUUUACGCACGGUGCGAUGGAGUCCGCGGCGCAGGCGGGACAUCUCGACGCGAUGCGCUUUGUACAAGAGCACAUCAUCAAUCCCAACCACACGUACUCGAUGCAUCUGUGCUUGUACCUCGCGGCCACCAAAAAUCAUGUCGACAUCGUUGCCUACCUCGUUCACGAAUUCCCCGAAAUGUCCGUCGCAACAGUCAUUCUCGACGCUGUCGCAAGUGGCUGUGCAGACGUCGCUUGUUACCUCGUGGCCCAGCGUCCGACGGCAGUGCCGCUUCGACGACUCCACCGCGAAGCAAAAAAGUGGGUCCGAGCAAACGAACCGCCAAUCGAGCAGCGCCAGCAACUUCUGGAGUUUCUGGAUACAGCCAUUCGUACUCGAAAAAUAUCGAACGCGCGGAAAUCGUGCGUAGCCCAGUGAAUGAUAUGAUAACGUUACAUUGACUUGGCGACU